UUCGAUCUCUUAUCACUUAAAUUAUUAAUUUUUUUUUUCUUCUCAAACCAUACCCAUUUCGUUCCACCCACUUCUUCCAAAUCAAGAACACAAGCAAAAUCCUUACCAAUACUUCUGGAUCAACAACUCGAUCCUCAUAGUUUCUUCAAGUUUCUUGUAAAUGGAUGCGGUUGCAAUGGACGUUGAUGAAUGUUCGAAACCUUCGAGUACGGAUGGUCAGAAUCGGCCUCGGAAGGUUCAGAAACGGAAGAGGGGUUGCUUGGAAAUAGAGGGUUUCGAGAAGGAAGAGAGAAAUGCGAAGAUCGAGGGUAUUCAGAAGGAGAUUGAGAGUUUGUUUAAGUAUUAUGAAGAAGUUAAGGGUCAGAAAGUAGAUCUUGAUUUAGGCCAAUGUAGUUCUAGUAAUUCGGUUGUUGCUGCUCUUUUGGAAGAGAGUGAACUGCCAUUGUCGAAGCUUGUUGAUGAGAUUUACGAGAAGAUGAAGAACAUUGAUAGUGGUGGUGGUGGAGUGGAGACUGUGACUGUCGCUUCAGUGAAAGCCUCUGUUCUCUUUGUUGGUCAGAGGGUUAUGUAUGGUGUGCCUAACCCUGAUGCGGAUGUUUUAGAAGACGUCUCUAAAGAGUGUCUAUGGUGUUGGGAGACCAGGGAUCUAAAGAUGGUGCCAAAAUCCACCCGUGGAAUAUUGAACAUUCGUCGUAAAUGUCGGAAGAAAAUUCAUGAGAGGAUCACUGUUCUCUCGGCGAUGAUGUCAGCCCUGCUGAAGACAGAGAUUGAUCGGACUUGCAUUCAAGAGUUCAUAAAAGCAUCAGAAAAACUUGGUAAAUUGUUUGAUGAAGCCAUGAUCCGUUCAUUGGUGGAUGGCUUGUCACAGAAGACUGCUUCUGAGAUGGCUGUGAAGGAAGCAAAACGAGAGGAGAAGCUAAUGGUCAAACAAUUAGAGAGAAGUCAGCGGGAGGCUGAAAAGGAGAAAAAGAGAAUAGACAGGGAACAACAAAAGGAGAAGUUGCAAAAUGAAAAGGAGUCAAAAGUGACAGAAAGGGAGGAAAAGCGUCGUCGUGAAAAAGAAGAGAUUGAAAUGAAAAAACAACUUAAGAAGCAGGAAGAGGACGCUGAAAAAGAUCAACGUCGCAGACAGCGGGAAGAAGCUGAAUCAAAAAAGAGACUUUCUGUACUAAAGCAAGCUUCCAUAAUGGAGCGUUUCCUUAAGAAAACUAAACCUAGUCCGUCAUGUCAGAAUGAUUGUCCGACAACUGAAUUGACUACAUCAGUUCCAUUGAGUAAACAGAGUGAAAACAUGCUGGAGGCUUGCACGCAAUUCAUGGACUGCACUCUUUCUUCAAGUAAUGCGAUCAAUUCUGUUGAUAUUCGCAGGCUGCACUUAUCUUCUUGGCGCUUCAUAGGUCAUUCAAUUCGUUCAAGAGGGAAAAAUCACUGGGGCAUUCGUCAGAAGCCAAAGUGUGAUCUAUUUAAGGAACUUAAACUUUCAAAUGGUAGAGAAUCCGCUAAUGAUGGUGAAUUGGGUGAGGAGAGGCUUGUAGAUGGUUGGGAAGAACAAAUUACAGAUGAUAGAACCAGCCACACAGAGUUCUGCAGCAGUUUGCCUCAUGCCAGUAAGUUGAACAGGGGGAAGGGGAAGCAGUUGUUGCAGUUUUCAAAGAGCUAUAGGCCUGCUUUUUAUGGCAUUUGGUCCACAAAGAGUCAUGUUGUUGGACCACGCCAUCCGUUUAGGAAGGACCCAGAUUUGGAUUAUGAUGUUGACAGUGAUGAAGAAUGGGAAGAGGAGGAUCCUGGUGAAAGCCUCUCAGAUUGUGAUAAGGAUGAUGAAGAAAACUUAGAAGAGGAAGGUUGUGCAAAAGCGGAGGAAGAUGAAGACAGUGAAGAUGGAUUUUUUGUCCCUGAUGGAUAUCUCUCAGAAAAUGAGGGCGUGGAACAUGACAGGAUGGAAACUGAUGAUGUUGAUGAGGUCAGGAGCACACCUAGUUCUAAGCAAGAUAUGGAGGGCAAAGAACUUUAUAGUUUGUUUAAGCAGCAAAAGCAUCUCUACAACAUGACAGAGCUUGCACUUAGAAAAAAUCAGUCAUUGAUUGUAUUAAAUUUAUUGCAUGAGAAGGAUAAUUUGCUAAUGGCUGAAGAUCUUGAUGGCACAUCUAAGCUAGAGCAGACAUGCUUAGCAGCUCUCAGCAUGCGCUUGAUGCAGGGCGGGUGCCCUGUGGAGAUUUUAGUUGAUAGAACGCCAGAUGAGGAUCCAGAAAUGUGCCUCCCAAGUGCCAAGGAAAGUAGCACCCAGAUCUCAACGUCAGCUAUCCUCGAUUCAGAUAUGGCUGCAAUUGUAUCAACUAUUCAGUCCUGCUCACAGGGUAUCAACAAAGUUGUUGAGUCUUUGCAGCAGAAGUUUCCUACUGUACCAAAGUCUCAUUUGCGGAACAAAGUCCGGGAAGUAUCCGACUUUGUAGAAAACCGAUGGCAGGUUAAAAAGGAAAUUUUGGAGAAACAUGGUGUUCUGGUGUCUCCAGAAAAGAGCAUCCGAAGACCAAAAACUAUUGCAGCAUUUUUCUCAAAACGCUGCCUGCCGCCUACCGGAAAGUGUAUUAAUGUGAACGAAACUUCACCUCAGUCUUUGAAACCAGGUUCAACCGUCCAAGAUCAGAAAACUUACACGAAUCAAUAGCAUCGUCUCGCCGUUACCAGGUUUUGUACUAUGAUCCAUCGUAUGUUCUUCCAUAAGACUCAUAUCUGUGAAUCCUGUUGUAGACUGAAGUCUAAGAUGUUUGAAAAGAGAGAAAAUGAAAGGGGGGGGUGUCCUGUAGUUUGAAUGUAUCUUUUGUUGAGUCUAACCAUGAAGAGCAAGUGAUAUAGAAAAUGAAAGGGGGUGUCCUGUAUGAUAGUUUUUGUUCUGUUUUGUUGCUGAACAAACUGAUGAACCCAAGCUAUGAUGUUUACAUGAUAAAGGGUGGAAUCGUGUUUGUACCAUUAA